AUCUUGCUCCUGUCCCUGACGGCUUCUCUCGUCGGGGUCACAGGGACGCUACGACCGCCGCCUGGACCCUCCCUCACCAUGUUGUCCCGGGUGGUGCUUUCUGCCGCCGCCACAGCGGCCCCCGCUCUGAAGAACGCGGCUCUCCUAGGUCCAGGGGCACUGCAAACCGCAAGGAUCUUUCACACAGGGCAGCCAAGUCUUGCCCCUGUACCACCUCUUCCUGAAUAUGGAGGAAAAGUUCGCUUCGGGCUGAUCCCUGAGGAAUUCUUCCAGUUCCUUUAUCCUAAAACUGGGGUCACAGGACCUUACAUGCUCGGAACUGGGCUUAUUUUAUAUUUUCUAUCCAAAGAAAUAUAUGUGGUCACCGCAGAAACGUUCUCGAGCAUAGCAACAAUAGGGUUGCUUAUCUAUGGCAUUAAAAAAUAUGGUCCCUCUGUUGCGGAAUUUGCUGAUAAACUCAAUGAGGACAAACUUGCCAAGCUGGAAGAGGCAAAGCAGGCCUCCAUCAAAAGCAUCCAGGAUGCGAUUGAUAUGGAGAAGGCCCAGCAGGCCCUGGUUCAGAAACGCCACUACCUUUUUGAUGUUCAGAGGAAUAAUAUCGCCAUGGCCUUGGAGGUUACGUACCGGGAACGGCUGCACAGAGUGUACCGGGAGGUGAAGAAUCGCCUGGACUACCAUAUCUCUGUGCAAAAUGUGACGCGCCGAAAGGAGCAAGAGCACAUGAUCAACUGGGUGGAGAAGAGCGUGGUGCAGAGCAUCUCUGCGCAGCAGGAAAAGGAAACAAUUGCCAAGUGCAUUCAAGACCUAAAGCUGCUUGCAAAGAAGGCUCAAGCUCAGCCCGUUAUGUAAAUGUGUCUAUACCAAUCAAGACAGCUACACCUGACUAAAUGGAAACUUGUCUGAUGAAGUCAUUCUUUGUAUAUUGCUGUCUACUCACAUUACAGUUUACCUUACUGAAAAUGACGUUUGAGUUGGAUAUAUUCAGAGAAUAAAACACAAUCAUUGGCCAGUAA